AAUUUUUCAAUUUUGGUGCCAAGGCUCGGGCUCAAGUGUUCAAAAUUCAUAAUAAAAAAUAAAUUUUUCUCCAGUUCAUGUUAGAAACAACUUCAAUAAGAUAUAUUCUAAUAUAUCCUUAUUUGUAUUCUAUGAAUAUUUAGUGGUCACGUAUUGUUUCAAUUUUAUUAUUUCACGAUGUCGUAUCUAGAUUAUUUGCAAAACAAAAAUACACCAAGCCCGGGAACGAAUAUUGCUGGAAAGUGUAAUAAUUUCUGUCCACAAGAAGAAAGCGCUCUACGAAAACGAGAAAAAUUAAUACAUAUCUUAGAAGUGGUUGGAAAUGAACAUAAAUUAAUAAAAGCAUACAGUAGAUCUGCUGCAGACUCCAAUAUGGCUGUACCAAAGUUGUUACGACCCUUUCAUGUAUUAAGAAAAGUUGUGCAUUAUUUAUUACAUGAAGUAUCAAAGCGAUCGGAUGUGCCAUUAACUGUUGUUUAUGACUUCCUCAAUGAUCGACUGAGAGCCGUGCGUCAAGACAUGACUAUACAAAGGUUGCCCCCAGAGCAGUGUAUGGACUUAUUGGAACCUAUUAUUCAGUUUCAUGUUUUCUUUGCUUUAAGAUUAAGAGACAAAUCAUUAAAUGAGUUUGAUCCAGUGUUAAACAACAAAUACCUUCUUGAAUGCAUGAAGUGGUUUUUGAGUUGCUGCGAUGAAACGGACAGACAGAAUAAAAGUUUUAAUAUAGACAACACAACAUUGGGUCUGGAGUCUUUGUCUUUGAAUGGGAAACAUAUAAGAAGUAACAGGGAAUUAAUAGAAAGUUUAUAUAUAUUGUGCAAUUUGGACGACCUACAGCCAAUGUUACGAUUUUUAAACUUACCACAAUAUUUAAAAAGAAAACCACAACUGAGAUUGUCCUAUGAAAUCGCAGCGGCAAAUCUAAAAAAUAAUUUUAUAAGAAUGUGUACACUAUCUCAGGAAUUGUGUCCUUUAACCCAGUGUGCCUUUUAUUUAUAUCUACCUUCAUUACAGAGGCGGAGUCUUCAAGUCCUUUGCUCAGCUUACAAUAGCAAAACACUUACGGUACCAAUAAAAGUGAUACAACAGUGGUUGUUGUUUGACAAUGUUGAUGAAACAAUGGACUGUUGUAAGCAUUACGGACUUGCUGUUGGUGAUGGAGUUUGCUUUAACAAGGCUGCGUUUAAAAAUGACGUUAAAAUUUUUCAACCAAAAUGCAGCUCUAAGAUAAUAAAUAUGGACUUGGAAGACUUUCUUAACGCGGCAACAUAACAAACAUGCAUUUUAUUAAAAACGCCGAUACAUUUUAUACAAUUAAUAUAUUAUAACUAAGUUGAAUACAUGACCUCGCAGGGUGCUUUAGUUUUUAAUUUAUAAGUAGUUAAGUUUAUUUAUACUUAUUUUAA